AGCCAGUUGAGGCCCUCGCUGCCCCUUUAAGGGUUCCCGAAACUUUCCCCCCUGGUAUCCGAUGAGUCUCGUCACAUCCGUUGGCCGUGGCAGCCGGGGCGCGUUCCGAGGAAACUGGGGACUCGAGUUUCCCGGAGAAGAGGCGCGGCCCAAGACAAGCGAGGGUGAACAGGGCAGGCCUGGGUGGACCCGGGCGUACCACGCGCCUCGCUUUGACCUUGGCCGGGGAGGAGGGAGGGGCCCGGUCCUUGCGGGGCAGCCGCUGCCCGCCAGAGGGGGCAGCGGCGACCAACUUGCUUAACUUGGCGCGGGCUGGAGCGGCUCCGGCGCCUCCUCCCCGGUCCUCCUCCCGUCCGCCGCCGCCGCCGCCGGCCCCGCUGCGCGCCCAGCCCUGCCCCGCAGCCCAGCGCGCCGCAGAGUCGCUGAGCCGCUGUCGCCGGACGGGACGGGCCCGGCCAGGCGCGCCCCCCGAGCCCCGCCGCGGGCAUGGGCGCGCUGGCCCGGGCGCUGCUGCUGCCGCUGCUGGCCCAGUGGCUGCUGCGCGCGGCCCCGGCGCCGGCCCCCGCGCCCUUCACGCUGCCUCUCCGGGUGGCAUCGGCCAGCAGCCGCGGGGCGGCGCCCACCCCUGGGCCCGGACCCCCCGCCGAGCCCCGCGCGGACGGCCUGGCGCUCGCCCUGGAGCCCGCCGGGGGUGCAGCCAACUUCUUGGCCAUGGUGGAUAACCUGCAGGGGGACUCUGGCCGCGGCUACUACCUGGAGAUGCUGAUCGGGACGCCUCCGCAGAAGCUGCAGAUACUUGUUGACACUGGAAGCAGCAACUUCGCCGUGGCCGGGGCCCCUCAUCCCUACGUCGACUCAUACUUUGACACGGAGAGGUCCAGCACCUACCGCCCCAAGGGCUUUGAUGUCACCGUGAAGUACACGCAAGGGAGUUGGACUGGCUUCGUUGGGGAGGACGUUGUCACCAUCCCAAAAGGCUUCAACAGUUCUUUUCUGGUCAACAUUGCCACCAUCUUUGAGUCAGAGAAUUUCUUUUUGCCUGGGAUUAAAUGGAAUGGGAUACUUGGACUGGCUUAUGCUACCCUGGCCAAGCCAUCAAGUUCUCUGGAGACAUUCUUUGAUUCCCUCGUGGCACAAGCGAAGAUCCCCAAUGUUUUCUCCAUGCAGAUGUGUGGGGCUGGAUUGCCAGUCGCUGGAUCUGGUACCAACGGAGGUAGUCUUGUCCUGGGUGGAAUUGAACCAACCUUGUACAAAGGAGACAUCUGGUAUACCCCUAUUAAGGAGGAGUGGUAUUACCAGAUAGAAAUUCUGAAAUUGGAAAUCGGAGGUCAGAGCCUUAACCUGGACUGCAGAGAGUAUAACGCGGACAAGGCCAUCGUGGACAGUGGCACCACACUGCUGCGCCUGCCCCAGAAGGUGUUUGAUGCCGUGGUCGAGGCAGUGGCCCGCACGUCUCUGAUUCCAGAAUUCUCUGAUGGCUUCUGGACGGGGUCCCAGCUGGCAUGCUGGACAAAUUCUGAAACACCUUGGUCUUAUUUCCCUAAAAUCUCCAUCUACCUGAGAGAUGAGAACUCCAGCAGAUCAUUCCGCAUAACUAUCCUGCCUCAGCUUUACAUUCAGCCCAUGAUGGGGGCUGGCUUGAAUUAUGAAUGUUACCGAUUCGGCAUUUCACCUUCCACAAACGCGCUGGUGAUUGGUGCUACCGUGAUGGAGGGCUUCUAUGUGGUCUUUGACAGAGCUCGGAAGAGGGUGGGCUUCGCAGCCAGCCCCUGUGCAGAAAUCGCAGGUGCUCCAGUGUCUGAAAUUUCUGGGCCUUUCUCGACAGAGGACAUAGCCAGUAACUGCGUCCCUGCCCUGCCUCUGAGCGAGCCCAUUUUGUGGAUCGUGUCCUACACUCUCAUGAGCGUGUGUGGAAUCAUCCUUCUUACCUUAAUCAUCCUGCUGCUACUUCCGUUCCGGUGCCGGCAUCUACCCCCAGAUCCCGAGGUCGUCAAUGAUGAGUCCUCUCUCGUCCGGCAUCGCUGGAAAUGAAGAGAGAAGCCUAAACUCUAGCAACCUUGAACUCAAGGAUUAUGACAAUUCAAGGGGCAGCAGGCAGGGGUUAUAAGGCAAGGUUUCUUCCUGUGUCCAUUAGUCUUAAGUCUCUGUUCUGCUCCCAGAUGCCUUCCAGAUUCACUGUAUUUUGAUUCUUGAUUUUAAAGCUUCCGCCUACUCUCCUACUUCCAAGGAAAAUGAUAAUAAAAGACACCUCAUUCAUAAUCAAAA